AUGUUUCUCACCAUAGAGCUGCCGAUGAUGACAGCUGGUGAUGUUGAAUGGGCCGGUCUCUCAGGCAGCCUCACGGGCCGGUCUCUCAGGCAGCCUCACGGGCCGGUCUCCCAGGCAGCCUCACGGGCCGGUCUCUCAGGCAGCCUCACGAUCUUCUCAGGCCUGUUGGUGAACCUGCCCAGUAUUGUAGAGUGGCUAGCCUGGUUCCAGUACCUCAGCAUCCCUCGGUACGGACUAACAGCUCUGCAGAUUAAUGAGUUUUUAGGCCUCCAGUUCUGUGGAGACAAGCCCCUCAACGGCACCCUGCCCCCUGGUAUGACGUGCACGGGGGAAGACUUUCUGAAGAACCAGGGGAUUGACUACACCACCUGGGGGCUGUGGCAGAAUCACGUUGCCCUGGCGAUCAUGACCAUGAUCUUCCUGGCAAUCGCGUACCUCAAACUACGUUUUAUCAAGAAGUUCACAUAGAGGUCAGAGGUUAAGCCAAAUGUACGCCUUCCCCUUCCGUGCCGUCCUCUGAUGAUGAUGCGAUAUCCAACGUCCACUUCUGUCCGCAUGGACUCUGAAAUCUCUGCA